AUGCGCGAGUUGGAGGUCAUCGAACGCGUUAGGCUGGACCGAGAGCGAAGACGAAAAUCUCUUGAAGAUUCGGCGCUCGAGCGAGAACAACAGGAACUGGAGCGCAUCGACAAAGAUCGUUCAGAAAGAGAGAAGGCAGAGAUGCAGAGACGUGCUGAAUGGGAGCGUAUAGAGAAUAAACGUCGAGAUUUGGAAGAAAAAGAACUCGCUAGGAAAAGACAAAUCGAGAACGAUCGUCUUGAACGUGAAAAGGCUGAAGCGGAGAGACUAGAACGUAUUCGUCUUGAAAGAGAAAAGGAGCACAUACAACGUGAAAAACUUGAGCAGGAACGUAGGGAGAGGGAACGCCUUGAAAAGGAAAGGACUGAGCGAGAACGCAUCGAAAGAGAAAAAAUCGAAAUCGAGAGGAUCGAAAGAAUCAAGAAAGAGCGGCUUGAAAUGGAACAACGAGAGCGAGAAAGGGAAAGAAAGGAAAAAGAGAGAAUUAGUCAGCAACGGGAAGAACUUGAGCGUCUAGAGCGAGAGCGAAAAGAGCUCGCGCUCCGAGAACAAGAGCUGAUCGAAAUUCAGCGAAGAGAAGCUGUUGAGCGGGAAAAACAACGACUUACUGACGAAGCACAAGAAGCUCGUCGUCAGGAAGAAGAACGCUGUGAAGCCCAUCUUCUAGCUGAUAUAGAAAGGCGGGCUGUAGAACGCGAGCGAUUGCGAAAAAUGCAAGAGAGAGAAGAAAAAGAACGGUUGGAGCGUAUUCGAAAAGAACAACAGCGAGUGGAGAUAGAACGAGCAGAGGCUGAAAGAAGGGAGAAAGAACGCCUCGAGGACGAAAGAAGGGAAAGAGAGCUUUUCGAAGCCCAAAUGAGACAAAGGGAGCAACGCGAGCGUGAACGUCUAGAGGACAUGCAGAGGGAGACGAAACUGCAGGAGGAAGAAAUGCGAGAGAAAGCCCGAAGAGAUGCAGAACGAAGAGCUGCUGCCGAAAGGGAAAGGAAACGAAGGGAGCAGGAAGAGAAAGAAAGGCUCAUUGCCUACGAGUUGGAAAGAGCUGCCACAGCUCGUAAGCUGCAACGCGAAGUUGAUUUGGAAAGAGAACGCGAAAGGGAAGAGUUGGAUAGAAAAGCGUUGGAAAUGGUGGAAAUGGAAAGAAAGGCCAACGAACGACGGGAGAUUGAGAGACUCGAGGAAGAGCGCAGUCUAACCGAACUCAGAGAGAAGGAAAAAAGAAACCGAGAGGUCAGAGAACGGGAACGGAGAGAAGCGGAAGCACGAGCUGCUGCCCGGCAACGCGACGACAGACGUUCACGCGACAAGCUUGAUCUCAUAGCACGAGAAAGAACGGAGAAGGAACGGUUGGCAUUUUCUCAGUUUUUUUUUCCAUCUUGCAUGGAUUACUAUUCUGCUUUCUUCUAUUUGAACUAG